AUGAUAACGUUCCUCAUAAUUGUUAUUUCCGUGCAAAGUAUCAACGAAUAUCACAUAGUCGCGUCGGGCAAAUGUGAUACUCAUAUAAAAACUAGACGUAACGAAGGCAGUCAGGCCGAAAACAAUAGUCAAUCAACUACUGAAAGGAAUGACGAAGUAAUUAGCGAAUCAACAUUAAAUACUGAAUCUAUUGAUGACAAUGAAGCUACGACUGCGGAAACAACUGAUGUGGUCAAUAUCACAAAGUCUAUAUUGAGGAAUGCAAAGAAGACCACCACCAAAUUCGUGCCCCUUUACGAAGUGGACACCGCUUUUGAUGACCACACGUGCCCACUCUCCUGCCCUGAAAUUUAUUCGCCCGUUUGCGUCAGCGCCAACCGGGGAAACGGACUGUAUUUCAAGUUUUGGACUUUCGUCAACCACUGCAGCGGAGAUCUGUACUAUUGUAAGAAUCCCGAUGAAUUUGCACCGCCUCCCGACGAGAGUGAAGAGGAUGUGAACGCAUCCAAACUGGGGUGGUCCUACUGCGGCGCCUCCAGAUAUCUCCAAUUCGCGCGGUUCUCUGAAUCAGCCUCCUCCCUGGGGUACUACGGCUGGUUGUCAGGCAAGCAGAAGUACUCUCACAUCAUGGAGCCCUACGAAAGGAAGCCUGGAUAUGGAUAAGAGAAAUAAAAAAAAAAGAAAUGUGAAGAAGAAAGAAUUAAAAA